AUGAACACCAUCUCCAUGCCCCACGUCAUCUUGGAACCUAAUCGCGGCCCACCCGUUCCUCGGCACGAUUAUCGUGUUCCUCUGCUGCGGGUCCAUGAGAUUAUAGUUACUCGGGUCCCGCGCCGCGUCGAAGUUCCCCAACCCCCACCCGACCGCGAAGAACGUGAACCCGUGGAGGUGCAUCGGGUGGUCGAUCCCCGAGACGAGGCUCGUGCCCUGAAACACCAUCUCGAUGUUCGUCCCGUACCUCACGAGCCUUGCCUCCGUUCCCCUCCACGGCACCAAGAGCUCAACCGGCUGCACGUCCGCCGUGUAGUUGAACUCGAGUGGUGGGGCCCGCGGGAAACCCGACCCAAACACCCCGGGCACUCGGUAGAAGUACGCCUCGAGCACGUCGACCCGCGGUGCCACGAAGCUGAUGUUGUUCAUGCUCGCCGCCAGGCGGGUCCCAUUGGGCCCUGCGCAGCCGGCUGCGGGCCCGUCGGGCCCACAGGGCCGCGUGUUGACCGAGACGGUCGAGAGGAUCCGCUCGCUGAUUUCGAGCGGGACCGCGCACGGGUGGUCUUUCGAGUUGAGGCUUCGGAUGCUAAACGAGAAGUUUUGGGCGGCGGUCGUGUCGUUGAAAUCGGGAAGAGUUGGGAGGCGGCGGGGCCCGUUGGUGGCGGCGCCGGAGUAGCGGACGAGGCCGACUGUGGUGGAAUUGUCGAAAUUGACCCCGAAACCGGUGACGUAGGGUCGGGCAGCCAUGUAAUAGCUGCCCGGGGUUUGGUCGGUGAGGAGGAGGCAGUCGAGGGUCUGCCCAGGACUGAUGGCGACGUGGGCCCGGGUCAGGGGCUUGGAGUAGCUGCCGUCGGUGCCGACCACGGUGAGGUUGUGGCCGGCGAUGCCGUAGAACAUGAUCUCGUUCAUGCCGGCGUUGACCAGCCGGAGAAGGUAUGUCUUGUUUGA